AUGGAUUCCAUGAGAUCGUUAAAUACCUCGCUCCCGAGCUCUACACCCCGCCCCCAGCCGCCGGAACAACUCCUCCAGUCUUUCAAAGCCGCCGCUUUGUCCGUCACCAACCUUUACAAGAAUGCGGUGUGUGAACAAGCACAAGCCAAGCAAGCUGGCUACCAGGAGGCCAUAGAAGAUCUACUUCUCUUCCUUGAUCGGGAAAACCUUGGCCUUGGUGAUGGGGAGGGGUGGAGGGUUCGACAAUGGGCAACAGAGAAGUGUGAUGGGACUGCGUCACAGACCGGCGACGACGAUGACCGUGGUGAAAGUGAUAAGUGCGACCGAAGCUCAACGCCCGCAACCACUCGCAAAGACUCGCCCUCCUCCGAAGCCACCACCCGACCGCCAGCUGCUCCAGCACCUCCCUCGACCCCUCGACCGGAAACCACAGUCUCAACGCCACAGCCACAAGAGGUCCCUAGUGCCUCUCCAGCACUUUUCACAUUCACUGCUGGGCCGACAUUUCCUCACUAUCAGGACCUCGAUAUGGAUAUCCAGUCAGACAGCACUACCCCGCCUUCGCAAGACGGCGCCCCCGUUAGCGUAUCGGUCAUGCCACGGAACUCGCGCCAGCCCCUUCGCCACAACAAUCUCCCCCGAUCGAACGCACGCCCUGCCACGCGAGAACCCCCGACUGGUCUUGGAUCCAAGAGAAAGCACACUUUCCCAGACUUCUUUGAUCUGUCUGGAAUGGCCAAUGGAAAGGAUAUGUUUGGUGGCGGGAAGCGUGGACGAUUCAACUAG